GAGGAAGAAGAUUAGUUUCUCCCACUGAUCUAUGAUAUAAUAUAGAUCAGUGGUUUCACCGCGCUCUCUGUUGUUUUGUCGGGAUGCGAAGCGGUUAGAAUUGUCUCUUUAAAUAGAAAAACGUUUUUGAAUCAGGUCAGUAAAUACCUGUAAUAUUCUCAUCCUCACAGUCGUGUCUAAAUGUUGAAUUAAGCAGGAUUAUCUGGAGGGAGUAUCAGCUGAACAGAGAUCUGCUGCUGUGAAGAUGAUGUUUGUUAAAGAAGAGAGUGAGGAGAGCACGAGUGAACCAGAAACCUCCAGAAUAAAACUUGAACCAGAAACCUGCAGAACAAAACACGAGGAACCAGAAAACCGGAGAAUAAAACACGAGGAACCAGAAAACCGGAGAAUAAAACACGAGGAACAAGGAGACCCGUCUGUGCAGCAGUCUCCACAAGAUAUACCAAAGAAAUCAAGAGUCGAGAAGGCUGAAAAAGUGUUAUCACCUCUGUGGGAUCAUCCACAGAUCUCUGCAGCAGAAAAGGCUAAAGAAACUGGAGCCCCUACCCUGCAAACUGCUCUGCAGGAGGCAAAGCAGACCAUUGAAGUUCAAAAAAGGGAGAUUGCUACCCUAAAAGAAUGGGUAGAUACACUUAAAGAGGAAAGAAAUUUCCUCCGCGAAAGACUUACAGAGGCUCUUGCAUUUAGAAGUAAUAUCCCACCUAUAAAGCAGGCACCUGAACAGAGGAAACAGGAGUCCGAUAUAUCUGACUCCUCAUCUUCUGAUUCAUCGUCUGAGCACGAUUCGGAGUCCUCAGAGACCAAGAAUAGGAAGAAGAAGAAGAAGUCCCAGUCCAAAACGGCAAAAAAACGGGGCAAGACACUAAGAGUCAAAACCCCUGACGACUCCAUCCGCCGCUACACAAUGGUAUUGGAAAAGGUUAAAAAGGAUCGCAUCAGCAAAGCUGAAGCUUAUUUUAGGCUUGGGGUAGAUCGGAAUACCAUUGUGUCUCAGGCUCCGAUUGCAGAACUUGCAGCAACUAAUCCAGAUCUGUUCCAUACCCUGAGGUCCACUUUUAAAAGAAAGGACAGCCUGAAAAGGUUUGUUGAAACUUGCAGGGGGUUUUGUGAGCAGGAGCCUACAGCUUCAGCUAUUUUAAAGAAAAAAUAUGAUGGAUCCUUACUGGAUAUUUACAAGAACUAAGCAAGUUUGUAUGUUAGUAUGCCAUGUGUUUGUGCCAUUUAUUUGUUCAUUUUAUUUUUGUUUAGCAUUAAAUAUUUCAUGAGGAGUCCACAUGAGUAGCUUGUUACAUUAAAAAGUGGUUCCUUACCCUUAAAAAAGACCAAGCUGUUUGUGAAACCUUUUUUCAUCUUUUUUUUUUUAUUUUAUUUUUUUUGGAAAUCCUUUAACAGCUUUAUGGUUUUAAGUGUUUUCAGAUAAAGGCACUAAAAGUUCAUGGUAUAUGUACUGUAUUCCUAAUAAGCUCUUCCCAGGCAUUGCUGUUCAUUUAACUGGGUUAUACUGUUUCUGAAUAAAACAGAAAGUUAAGAUCAAA